AUGACCGUAGAAGCAACAUCACCAAUUGACGAUAUCGAACAACAACGUCCUGUUUACGAACCAGAGUAUCAAGAAGCUUACACCAAUUCAGCAUUCAAAAAUCAUUUAAUUGCUUUCCUUGGUGAAUUCUUCGGUACUUUUAUCUUUUUAUGGGUUGCUUUUGUUAUCGCCCAAAUUGCUAAUCAAGAUCCAAAUAUCCCACAACCAGGUGGAGGAUCUGAUCCAAUGCAAUUGAUUAUGAUUUCGUUUGGAUUUGGUUUCGGUGUUAUGAUGGGUGUUUUCAUGUUUUUCAGAGUAUCUGGAGGUAAUUUGAACCCAGCAGUUACUUUAACUUUGGUAUUGGCACAGGCUAUUGCUCCAAUUAGAGGUGUUGUUAUGAUGGUUGCUCAAAUGAUUGCUGGUAUGGCUGCUGCAGGUGCUGCUUCAGCAAUGACUCCUGGUGACAUUGCUUUUGCCAACGCCUUGGGCGGUGGUGCUUCAAGAUCAAGAGGUGUGUUUUUAGAAGCUUUUGGUACUUUUAUCUUGUGUUUUACUGUCUUGAUGAUGGCUGUUGAAAAAUCAAGAGCUACUUUUAUGGCCCCAUUUGUCAUUGGUAUCUCAUUGAUGUUGGGACACUUAAUCUGUGUUUACUACACUGGUGCUGGUUUGAACCCCGCUAGAUCUUUUGGCCCCUGUAUUGCUAGCAGAUCAUUCCCAAACUAUCAUUGGAUUUACUGGGUCGGUCCAAUCUUGGGUGCUGUUUUGGCUUGGGGUGUCUGGAGAUUAUUCACCUUCUUGGGUUACAAAUCUUGUAAUCCAGGUCAAGAUGGCGAUGAAUAA